CUUUCCUGGAGUUCUCAGGCUCUUGUGACUGCAGACCAAGUGAAAUCCUGCUCAGAGGAAGCCGCAGCUGCUCGGAGGCCUUCCCUGGUAUAGGAAGACAGAAAGCGGAGCUACAUUCACUUCUACACCCGAGGGACGUUUUUACGUUACAUGCCCUUUAUUUAUAUUUUUUCAAAGACAACGUUUUUCCUUAGGUAACGUUAGCUUAUUUAGUCCCUUCCCAGGUUGGAGGUCGGUACCUACAGGAAUAUGUUCAGGAAUACAAUCGUUUUCCUUACUCGUAAGAAGUGAAAGGAGUGUUUCACGGAGCCGAAAGUAACCUGGACAUCUUUUUCCUCCAAACUUAAAAAAAGAACAACCUUUCUAUUCGGUGUGGAUAUGGCUUGGAUUAGAUGCGGCCUCUUAUUUUCGUUCGGUUUGUUUCUCUCCCCGGUAUGUGUGUCAGCGGAGUUGAGCCAGAGCGGCUUCAGGAGGCUGUACGUGCUCCAGCCCGGGCCGGGGUCGGCCGGAGCGAACGGCGGGGUGCGAGUCAGCUCCAUCUCGACGCGUCACGGCGCGGCAGGGCAGCCGCACACAUACAACGUGGAGCUCACCGCAAACCUCGGCGGCCAGGUCCGGACACGCAGGAUGGGUAACCAAAUGGAUUCAGCUCCGCGGUUCAGUCAGAGCGGGCAGGCGCAGAGCCAGCAGAAGCAGUUCAUAAAGCUGUCUGGGGUGAAUGUGUGUGGAGGCAUCUGCUGUCACGGAUGGAGUAAAGCUCAGGGAUCACAGCGGUGCACGAAACCCAACUGCCUCCCUCAAUGCCAGAACGGAGGAAUGUGCCUCAGGCCUCAGCUCUGUGUCUGCAAGCCUGGCUCAAAGGGGAAGGCAUGCGAACAGAAGACGGUGCCCACACACCCCUUUCCAGUGCUGCCUGGGAAUGGACCCACCAACGGGCACGGCACGGGUCACUCAAAUGGACACACUAAUGGACACAAUGUGGUACCGCAGCGGCCCAUACCUCAGCAAGUUCCUCCCAAUGGUUAUGCCCCCCGUCCAUCUAACAACAUGGCCCAGAUGAAACUAAGUAUCAAGCCGGCCCCCCAGCUCGUACGACCACAUUACAUCCAACAACAGAUCCGGCCCAUGCCCAUGCACCCAGGUCAGAGCCAGCAGUAUGUUAUAAAGCCCAAAUACUACCACACACACACCACGCACACACAGACGAACAUCCAGUCCCAACCUGAGAGGCCGAUCCCCCUAACAGUGGGACACAACCCCAUCCAUGUGGGCAACCAUACAGGAAGGAUCAAGGUGGUCUUCACACCAACCAUCUGCAAAUUAACCUGCAUAGGAGGCAGAUGUCACAACAACUGCGAGCUGGGAAACACCACCACCAUCAUCAGUGAGAACGGCCACGCUACAGACACCCUGACGGCACCCAACUUCAGAGUAGUGGUGUGUCACCUGCCGUGUAUAAAUGGUGGGAAGUGCAGCACCAGGGACAAGUGUCAGUGCCCUCCCAACUUUACUGGAAAGUUCUGCCAGAUGCCCGUUCAGAACGGACACCAGCAGCACCAGCAGCCGUCCGGCGGCUACAGCCAAACUCAGGUCCACUCCACACAUUCACUGCCUCUGACCUACAGCAACGGCCAGAAUCCUGUGUUCAGCCCCAGCAUCGUCAACAUACACAUCAAACACCCUCCAGAGGCCUCCGUCCAGGUCCACCAGGUGUCUCAGCUGGAUAACUACCACAACAACGGGCACCAGCUGAAAGGUUCCCAGUCCGGCUCCUCUUCAUCCACCAGCUACACCUAUCACCACACAGAGAGCAGCCAGAAUAUCCAGCACCACGGCUACAACUUAGUUUAUCCCAGUCAGCAUGGCUACCAGCCCGUCACCUCCAAGAACACUCUGGGUCGCUGCUUCCAGGAAACAGUAGGGAGUCAGUGUGGGAAGGCUCUGCCAGGUCUCACUAAGCAGGAGCAGUGCUGUGGGACUAUUGGAACGUCCUGGGGUUUCCACAAAUGCCAGAAGUGUCCAAAGAAACAAUCUAUUCCUCUGAUCGAUUGUCCUCAGGGUUACAAGAGAAUCAACAGCUCUCAUUGCCAAGAUUUGAACGAGUGCCUGCUCCAGGGUGUGUGUCCUAAUGGAAACUGUCUGAACACCGUGGGCAGCUACAGGUGCAUGUGUAAACCCGGCUAUGUCCCGGACCCCACGCUCACCACUUGCAUAUCCAACACUCCUGCCAUCCAAGAGGAGAAGGGAGCUUGCUUCCGUUUGGUCAGCACAGGGAGGCAGUGUUUGCACCCAGUGUCAACCCAGCUGAGUAAACAGCUCUGCUGCUGCAGUGUGGGCAAAGCCUGGGGACCUCGUUGUGACAAAUGCCCCCCUCAAGGAACAGCCAAAUUCAAAGACAUCUGUCCCGGUGGAAUGGGCUACACUGUUCUACCAAAUCCGCCUGUCAAUAAGCCAGUCACCGUUUACCAGGAGCCCGUUGAACCACUACCCCCUCAACCCCUGCCAACACCAGAGAGACCAGUGGAGGCCUUUGGCAAACCAGAAGAAAUUAUACCAGUAGCAACAACUGCACCAGAUCAGGAGCUGGUAGUUCCUGUGGUUAGUAAUAGACCAGUAGUUGAACCUAUCCUGCCCCAGCUAUCUCCGGGUGUAUCCACUGUCAAGAUCGAGGCAGCCUACCCAGAGGUUGUUGAGAGGAGCUCUCCACCUGCACCAGUGGAGAUCCUCCCGUCUAAUGCAGGCCAGGACAUCGCUCCCACACAGUCAGCUGAGGUAGAUGAGUGCCAGAUCAGCCCUUUUAUUUGUGGCCAGGGGAUUUGUUACAACACAGCUGAGGGUUACACCUGCCACUGUGACGAGGGAUACCGCCUGGAUGACGCCCAAACCACCUGUGUAGAUGUAAAUGAGUGUUUGGAAAGCCCAUCUUUUUGCUUUGGCGGUCGCUGCAAGAACUCAGAGGGCAGUUUUCUGUGUGUGUGUCUGGAAGGAUUCCUGGUCGAUGAAGAGGGAACCAGUUGUUUUGAUAUAGAUGAGUGCCAGGACCAGCGGAUCUGUACCCGGGGCCACUGCCAGAACACCGAAGGCUCCUUUAUGUGUCAGUGUGGGCCAGGCUUCAGCGUGUCUCCGGCUGGAGACCAAUGUGAUGAUGUGGAUGAGUGUUUAGAAGAACCAAGGCCCUGUGAGGCUGUAGGGGAGUGUGUUAACAACAUGGGCUCCUACACCUGUACCUGCCCCCAGGGAUACCGACAGAUCAACAGCACCAGCUGCAGAGAUGUUGAUGAGUGUGUGGAUGAACCAGAGCUCUGCUCCCCCCACGGCGAGUGUUUCAACACAGAGGGAUCCUAUUUGUGUGUGUGUGAUAAUGGAUUCACUGCCAACCUCGACACGCCCUCCUGUGAUGACAUUGAUGAGUGUGGGCUCAAUGAGACACUCUGCGGCCCUCAUGGCUUCUGUGAGAACAGACUGGGUUCCUUCCGAUGCCUCUGUGAGCAGGGUUACCAGGAGUCACAGGAUGGCCAUGGCUGUGUGGAUGUGAAUGAGUGUGAGCUGUUGAGCAGUGUGUGUGGAGAAGCUCAGUGUAUGAACAGUGAUGGUUCCUUCCUCUGCGUGUGUCCCAGCGGCCAGGACUAUAACGUCAUGAUCGCCAAGUGUGAGGCUGUUCCCACAGUUUCAUCAGUGGAGCGUAAGGAGUGUUACUAUCGUCUGAACGAUGAGAACCUGUGUGAGAGUGUGCUGACCAGCCAUGUCACCCUGCAGGAGUGCUGCUGCACACUAGGAGCCGGAUGGGGUGACAACUGUGAGGUGCAUCCCUGUCCUGUCAAUGGCACAGACCAGUUUGAUCAGAUGUGUCCAUCUGGAAGAGGUUUUAUUCCCAAUGGAGACUUAUUGUAUGGAGUACCCACAGCUGACAGCUACAAAGAUGCAGAUGAAUGUGCACUGUUUGGCCAGGAGGUGUGUAAAGGAGGCUUCUGUUUGGAUACUGUGGGCAGCUACGAGUGUUACUGCAAGACAGGACAGGACUACGACCCUGCGAAGCUGGAGUGCAGAGACAUCAAUGAGUGCCUGGAUGAGUCGGUGUGUGCUGGUGGGCAGUGUAUGAACACAGAUGGCUCAUACAUGUGUUUCUGUACACAUCCCAUGGUGUUGGACCCCAACAGUAACCGCUGUGUGUUCAUUCCUGAGGUGGCUGAGCAACAUGAGGCGGAGCAGACAGACUACCAGGGGAUCUGCUGGCAGACGGUGACAGAAACCAUGACGUGCACGCGGCCGCUCGGUCCUAACAAGAAGACCACAUACACAGAGUGCUGCUGUCUGUACGGAGAGGCCUGGGGCAUGGACUGUGCCCUGUGUCCACCCAGAAACACUGAGGAUUAUGUGUCCAUGUGUAACCUUGGCGGGCGGCGGGCGUACGGUCAUGACGCCCUUGUUGCCGGCCCAGUACAUGAAUAUGAAGUGGACCCAGACUACUCACCAUCACCGGAGCAGCAGGCUGUCCUGCCUUUUUAUGAGAACGAGGAGCAUCCAUUUAAGGCAUUUGAGGGUUUGCGAGCAGAGGAGUGUGGGAUACUGAACGGCUGUGAGAACGGUCGGUGUGUCCGGGUUCAGGAGGGUUACACCUGCGACUGCUUUGAUGGAUACACCCUGGACCUGUCCCGCAUGGCCUGCCUCGAUGUGAACGAGUGUUCAGAGCUCAACAAUAGGAUGUCGUUGUGUAAAAAUGCAAAGUGCAUUAACACAGUGGGCUCCUAUCAGUGUGUGUGUCUGCCGGGCUUCAUCGCCUCUGACAAACCCAACUACUGUGUGAAGGCAGCAACACACCAAACAUCAACACACACAGGGAGCAUGGACGGACACUAGGGGGUGACAAGAGACACUAAACCACACGCACAAGCUUGUAUUACUAUACUUGUGAGGACGUCCACUGACAUCCAGCCACUGGUAAAUCGUCAACACUAACCUUCAAAUGGAACUCCCUGGUUUGGUGUAAUUGUCCAGCAGCACUCUCAAAUCCCAAAAACCUUCGGAGGUGGUCAUCAAAAGUAUCCUGGAGGAGAGUUAGAGAUUCGGGAGUCGUAUAACAAAAUCAGGGAGUGUACCUUUAAACUGUUGAAAAUCUAUUUAGAAUCUUUACCCAAAAUCUAAAUCAAACCUCAAGAACAUAAACCUUAAACUUUAUCUUUGAAUUAACCUAAUCCUUAUUCUAAUAUUACUCCAUAAUUUAAAACUAAUCCAAAUCCAGAACUGCUGUUGACCAGUGUCGUGUAUUUUUACUCACUUCCUGCAUUUCCCUUCUGUUCUACAGCACUAUGGAUUUUAUUUUUCAGUACUUGUGUUGUAUUGUGCUUAUCAUAAUUUUAGUAGUUUUCCAAUUGUUUAAUGAACCCUUACUAAAUAUUAUAAAGUACUCCCAAUGUUAAAGCCUAACUUUCAUAACUGUAUCAUUUUGAAUGAACUUUCACAGACUACACUGUUAACAUUGUUUCUUUGGUUAAAGGAAUAGUUCAACAUUUUGGGAUUUGCUCAGUUGCAUUCUUUCCUAGAGUUAGAUGGUAGAUUUCAUGUCUGUGUCCGGCUGGGAGGUAAUCAUCCUAGCUUACCUUAAUGAGCAUAUUGGUUGCACGGAUGAGUGACAGCACCAGAUCUCUUAAUACAUCCUUAAGAAAUAUUUAGCAAAUAGUAGGGUACAUGCCAUGGAGAGCGUUUUUAGUUAAAAUAGGAAGUGUUGAGGGCAUUAUGUGUAAUAUUCACACAGUCACAUAAAAUGGCGAAAAGUAAAUGUAGUGUUGCAGGUAGUAAAUAGGGAGGAAUGUUGGACACAAUGAUCCACAGCCACAUGCAGGUGUAAUGUUGGUGUGUUUGCAUGCUAGCAUUUACUAAUUAGCACAAAACAUUAAUCGCAGCUUUGGCUGAUGGACUGUCUUUAGUUCUGGAGGUAUUUAGUCAUAGACCAAAGUACACAUUUUAAUUUCGACCUGAUGAUUGCGCUAGGAUCAAAGUUAUUCAUCCGCCUCUCAAAUUUCAGGCAAUCCAUCCAAUAGUCCCACUGGCUAGAUAAUGGCCACUAGUCCCCCCAGGUUUACACUUCUGUCAUCACUGUUGCCGUUGUUUGUGUUAGCUGUUAGCACUCUAAAGCUAGCUCCCGGCUCAGCCGCCUCCACGCUGAGAGCCGUGUCGAGGCGAUCCCUCAAUCAUAGAUCUGCUCUCAAUUUGGAAUUUAGCAUCUUUAGAGAAUCCUUACGAAAUUUUGAGCAGCGUAUUUCCAGUCCUCCUGAGUAAAUACAUCACUUUUUGUCAGAAUAAAUAAUAAUCUGUUCUUUUACUUAGCUCAACAUUUGAUGGAGUCCCUAACGAGUAAUUUUAAGUUAUGUUUAAAUGUUUAAAUUGUAAUUGUUAACAUUAAGAAGAUGGCAAAUGCAUAAUCGCCAAACGACUUUGACCUAAACAUAAUCCUCAUUUUAUUACUAGAUUAGAUACUAGAUAUUACUAUUCUAAAUGACAACAUCAACUUCUUCCAGAGCUUUAUUACCUUUUUUUUAUCCCUUAUGGAACAUUUGGUCCUUAAAAGUAUAGAAAUACAACAAGCACAUAGAAACACACACACACACACACACACUUACUUAAUCAAAGCCCAUAUAUUCUGCACUGUAUAAGAUACACACUACAUGAAGCAAACAGUGAUUUACUUGAGAUGGAGAUUCUACUUAAUCUACUAUGUGGUGCCUAUGUGGAGGAGAGCAACACACAAUUGUAUUAAAUGGAUUGUUUGUCUUUUGCUAUUAAGUUUGUUUCUUAUUUUGUUUUUUAGUGGCGUUUUAUGUGUGUAAGAGGCCGUUUUACUCAUUUAAUGUAUCGACAAACCCAUUGGACUUGUGCUGGGGGAUCCAGUUCUUAUUUCUACCCAGUCAAACUGAUUGUGGAUAUUUAAUUCUGUGAAGAGGCCAACUGUCGGCUCCCUCUCUUCCUCCAUUGCCAUCACUCUGUCUGCCAUAGAAAAAAGCUUAUUUCUACACUACAGCAUCACCAAAUCAUGUAAUAUACACAUGUUGAUGUUGAUGAAAUGUGCUAAUGCAAAGCCUUUGAAAUAAGCAUUUUGUGGCAUUUUGUCUUUGUUUUGUAAGAAUGGUAAAAUGCAAUCAUAAAACUUCUUGUUUUCUGGGACAUAAGAGUUUCAUGUGUCUUACAAAGAACUAAAAGACUUUCCUUUCCUGGUAUUCCUUCCCUUCUUCAUUCCUUCAACAGGUACAGAGGGUAUGUUGAAAUGACUGAAAUGCAUUUUUAUUUUUCGUAUUUCUCUUAUCUGUGUUUUACUGCAAAGUCUUGCCAGGUUGUAAAGCUGCUAUGGGACAGCGAUGGGAGAUAAGAAACUUGUGUACAUUUAAACAAAAGAGUGAAGAAAACAACUGUAUUUGUAAUUUGUACAUGAAUAAAUAGCUUUUUCUAUGAAUUCAUAUUAAAGUGUACAUUAAACCCCUUGGUAAUAAACCACAAAUUGUGAUAUUU